AUGAAUUGGAGAAAUGGGAAUGGGGUUUAUGUUACUUGGGUGUUUCAAUCAACCGAUAGGAUUUUUCANAUCGAGAUCCUACGCGACGUCGACAAUCCAAACGUGGUGAGGUGCCAUGACAUGUUCGAUCACGAUGGCGAGAUUCAAGUCCUCCUGGAACACAUGGAUGGUGGAUCACUGGAAGGAGCCCACAUCCUCCACGAACCCUCUCUCUCAGAUGUCACCCGUCAGAUCCUCUUGGGGCUAUUCUACCUCCACAAGCGAAAAAUUGUCCACAGAGACAUCAAACCCUCGAAUCUCUUAAUCAAUUCAAGAAAACAAGUGAAGAUCGCGGAUUUUGGAGUUUCUAGAAUUCUUGCCCAGACUAUGGAUCCCUGUAAUUCAGCGGUUGGUACGAUUGCGUAUAUGAGUCCUGAAAGGAUCAACACGGAUCUGAAUCAUGGGAUGUAUGAUGGGUAUGCUGGGGAUAUAUGGAGCUUAGGAGUAGGCAUCCUCGAGUUUUAUCUGGGUCGCUUUCCUUUUGCGGUGGGAAGGCAAGGUGAUUGGGCGAGCCUUAUGUGUGCAAUCUGUAUGUCGCAGCCACCGGAAGCACCGGCGACGGCGUCCAGGGAGUUGAGGGAAUUCAUCGCUUGUUGUUUGCAGAGGGAUCCGGCUAGGAGAUGGACGGCCGGCCAGUUGUUACGUCAUCCUUUCAUUGUGCAACACAGCUCUAGCACCACCAACCAUGGCAGUAAUCAGGUUCAUCAACCACGCCAACUUUUACCUCCACGUCCACAUUUUUCUUCUUCUUGAUUUUUAUUUUGUUUCUAUUUUUUUUUUUGGUCUCUGUGGAAUUUUUUUGUGAAAUCAUAUGAUGAUGGGCGGUGAUGGGUCGGAAUUUGAUUUUUAGGAAAUGAAUUGGAGAAAUGGGAAUGGGGUUUAUGUUACUUGGGUG